CACGUGAUAGUGCCGGAAUCUACCCCGACCAUACCGUUGCACACUCGUGGUGGUGUGGUGUGUGUACGGCAGGCCCCUCCUCGCAGAGUCCCGCCCAGCUGCGGCGUGGCGUUGCGCCGUGGUAUCAGUUGGGCUCGGUUCAGUUCAUCCCCGUCCGUCCACCAUGGCCGCCUCGCCUCGCGCCCCGGCCCUGGCCCCGUCCGUGCCCCCGCCGCAGCCGGCCCCGGCCCCGGCCGCGGGCGGCAGAGGCAGAGGCAGUCCGAUGACAACCGAGCUGGGGCUGUGAACGAGGCGGACGGAACGGGACGGAACGACCGAGUGACGGACGACGCGGCGGCCGCGUUCUGACGGCGUGAUCUUGUGCGGCUCGCUCUGACGGGCAAGUGCCGGGCCUCAGAGGGAAGACCAGCGGCAGCACUGUGGCCGGCGCGGUCCGGACGGGGGCCCUGUUUGGAGAGCAGACGCUGUGUUUGUCCGAGAGGAGAUUGUGUGACGCUUCGCCUGCUUCGCCUGCUUCGCCGCGAGGCCCAGCGCCGAGUGAAGGACGCAGAGAGGUGCUUGGUGUCGACAGGGUGCUUAGUCCUACGGCUGCACAAUGCGCGCAAGCUGACACCGCCCGGACACCUGUGGCAUGCGCGGGCGGCCGGGCCGCGUGGGCGAGAGGACCUCGGCGAGGACAUGGGGCCCUGCAGGAGGUAGGGCGUGCCUCCGGCCAUGGCCAUGGAGCCUCCCCUGCUGGCUGUGGAGGGCGUGACCGCCCCGUGCUGCCUCGAGGAGCACCCCUCUGAUCAGUACUUCAUCCUCACCAUGGACACCAAGGUCGCAGACGAGGGGGCGGCGAACCUGCAGGAAAAGCCCGGGAUUGAGGCACUGCACGUCCGAGCCCUCCUCGAGCGCGCCCAGGCCGAGGCCCUGGCCGAGGCCUGCCUGGAGGACGCUUGUCCCGCUUGUCCGGCUGCGGCGAGGGCGCAGGGGCUGCCGGCCGCCCCCGCCAGGCCAGCCCACCUCCUCUACGGCCUUCACGACCAGCCGCCCGCCCUGGUGGUGCUGCUGCUGGCCGUGCAGCACUGCCUGCUGGCCCUGUUGCCCUGCCUGCUGGUGGUGGACUGCCUGUCGCCCGUCCUGUGUCUGCACUCCGAGGACCCCGCCCGCGCCGAGCUGCUCUGCCGCCUCCUGCUCGCCACGGCGCUCGCCACCCUCGUCAACAACACGUCUGCCGGACUAGGGAUUGGUUUGGUGCAGGGCCCGUGCGUGGCCUCGAUCGCCGCGGCGCUGUUGGUGGCGGACCACGGCCUGGGCCAGGACGACCAGGGCGAGGACGUCGAGACGGCCGCCUGCCCCUCGCUGGCCGACCAGUUCGCCAUGGGCCACGAGAACAUGAAGCCCGUGUGGCAGCCGCGCGCGCGCCGCGUGCAGGCCGUGCUGCUCGUCGCCUCGGCGCUCUCGGUGGCCAUGUCGGCGGCGGGAUUGCCCCGGCUGAUCGCGCGCUUCCAGACGCCCAUCACUGCCGCCGUGGCCACCUUCCUCAGCGCCCUGCCCCUCGUGGGGUACACCAUCAACGCGGCCUCCGGGAACUGGAUCGGCGCACUGUCGGGCGCGCUGGGCGUGCUGGUGUGCGGCGUGGCGCUGCGCUGCCUGUCCGUGCCCGUGCCCGUGUGCAGCGUGCGGCGGGGCGGGCUGCGCGCGCGCGUCCUCCCCGCCGUGUCCCUGCUGUGCGUGCUCGUGACGCUGCUCGUCGGCUGGUCGGCGUGCGCGCUGCUCACCGCCGCGGGCCUCGUCUCCCCGAGCAACCGCCUCGUCACCUCCGAGUGGCGCGAGGACCGCGUGCACGCCCGCGAGGUCUUCGCGAUCCCUUGGCCGGCCCCGUGGGGGUGGCCGAGCCUGAGCGGCGUGUCCUGGGAGGUGGUGGCGUCCGCGGUGGCCGCGGCGCUGGUGGCCAACACCACGGCGAGCCUCACGACGUUCUACGCCGCAGGGGCGUCCGCUUCCGUCGGUCGAGCUCCGGACGGGCGCGAGCUGCAGAGGGGCACCCUGGUGGGCGGCGGCGUCUCCUUCCUGGCGGCGUUCUGGGGCGCGCUGUCCCUGGUCGGCGGCGGCCAGGAGACCCCCGGCGUCAUUCCUCUGACGCAGGCGGGGCCCGUGACGGCGGCCAGGCUCGCGGGGGCGCUGCUGCUGGCGCUGUCCUUCUUCCCCGCGCUGGCGGCGGGGCUCGCCAGCAUCCCGCAGCCGUUGCUGGCCGGCGUGGGGCUGGCCGUCCUGGGCGCGGGGGCGGGCCAAGGACUGACCUACCUCCGGGGCACCGACCUGAAGUCGGCGAGGAACUGCAUCGUCCUGGGCACUUCUGUCCUCACGGGUGUGUGUGUCGCCGGGCGCCUGGGACUGCCAACGCUCUCCGCUGACGCUCGCGCCGCUCGGCUGGAAGGUGUGGACUCCGUGGAUGCGGUGGCUGCGGCUGUCGUGGCUGCGAGUCCGCUCGCCGGCGCCGCGUUGAGCCUCCUGCUCGAGGCCCUCCUGCCCCUGCCCAUGGCUCUGCUGGAGCGGGCCAGGAUGACGCGACCGAGCCCGGUGUGACGUGGCGGUGGCGGGACCUGACGACUGGGGACGACCGAACUUGCAGGUUGUUCUGUAAAUACAAGAUACCAUGACUGGCUGCUCGAAUAGUGGUCCGCUCCAAGAUGUUUUGUAAAUAUUAUCCUGGUGGCAAAUCCCAUAUGACCGAUAUGACAUGACAAUACGUACCACUAAAAUGUAAGGUAUGCUUGUAUAUAAAUGACCCUUGUGAUAAAUGCUGCUUAGGUAAAUUGUAAAUAUAUUAUGUAACUAUUUAUUUUUGUGAUUUUAAGACCAUGAUUAAGACACCCCUUAAUGUGGAAGAUUACGCUUCUCUUAAAUUGUGCAGACUUCAUUCUUAGUUCAAAUUCAGCAUUGCAUGACUUGGUCUCCUGUGAAUUUGUGCUUUCAAAGAACGAGUUUUCCUACUGAUAUUUACUUAACUAUUUUAUUUACUUAACCUUUUGAUGGUAAAAAGUAUUCUGGAAUUGUUUAAUCUUCUACUCAAAAAUUUAUUAAGAUAUCAUGUUGUAAAAUAAUUUAAUCUUUGACUUGCAUUAUAGAAAGUAGCUCAGAAAGUAGUCUACAUUGAAUCAUCUCAUUUUGUAUAUCUAUUGUUUUACAUUAUGUCGUUUUAUAUUGAUUGGCAGUGUACCAGACUUCCUUUAAUAUUCCAGUUUAAACCAAUAAAGCACAAUGAAAUGUU